AUUCACUAAUAUCACCAUCUUGUAUUCUACCACUAUGAAUUGGACUUGCUGGACAGUGAGAGCAUAGGAUGUAUCCUUUCAUUUGUGAUAUUACACCUCUCUUGUCGACUGGUACUAAUUAUACCCCUAGUCCAUCGGUAGCCACUAACUAUAGCCUAAUCAAUCAUGAGAUUUGCUUGCUCAUGUCGCACAAUAUGGGAGAUGGACCGUUGGUUAUAUGAUAUGGAUGAUAAUCUUGCGUUGUAUAAAACAAUCCUUUUCUUCAUCUGGCUCGCGGGCGCCGAAAGGAAUAAGUUUCGGACCCGCCGCGGCGAGGUAUAUAUAUCUAGCUUUGCUUUUGCAUAUGAAAAAGGACCCCCUGCCUCUCAAGGAUACGGAGUGAAGAUGGUAUAGUCAACAAGCAACCUAUAUCAGAAAGCCAGCGACUCUACAACCCAAAUAAUUAGUUCUUUCCUUUGUGAUAACACUGCCCAAAGCAGGGCGUCACCAUCGCCUCAAGGCAGAUUCGGGGCCGAACUCUGUUGCUGUGGCGGGGACUCAGAGACCCGCCUCGAUAAAUCUAGAGUUCACAACAUGUAGUAACAUGCCGGGAGAAUAACCCGACUUCAAUCCUUACUAUUCGGGUCUUUGAUUUUCGACUGCUGGAAUUCACUCUGAAUACGAGAUUCGGGUACAUCUGGGGAGUAUAUGGAGUACUUUUCGAGACAUCUCAUGGCGGUCUGAACAUCCUCGCAUGCAACUGUCAUCUGGAACCAAGCAUAGCACUGCACGAUCCGAGAACCACGGUUUACAGCCGCCUUAUCCCAGACCAAAACAAGACUCAAUUCAAGACAAUGAACUCUCAG